CUGAUUUGAAACGACAUAAGAAGGAGCGCAAGGCCGACAACCAAACAGUUCAAAAGUGGACGAUAGCCAUGACAGAAGCCGCCAAUCUCUCUGGUUGGGAAUGCUCAGGUUCUAGAGUUUGUCUAUGGAGAUCUCUACGGUCGGGUCGUCUCUAAAUUCUAACGACCAGUUGUUUUAAAAUUUGAAAUAGCAUAUAUAAUUAACUAGGUAUGAAUUUUAAGAGAUGAUCAGAUGAAUAGAGAUCCUCGAUCGAAUUCCAAAGAGCUCAAACUGUCUCCAUCUCCUGGCUCUUCUUUCUAUAGAAGCGAAGCUGAGCUUGUUGAGGAAAUAGCGUUUGAGAUAAUGAGGAAACUGGAUUCUACGAGCCACUGUAUCGUGGGAGAGAUCCGAAAGAUUGAAACCGACCCGCGAGAUGCGAGCCUUGGAUCUCAGAAUCAUUCCGACGAGCCUAAUCCAGGCGACUCAAAUGACCGUACAACUGAAGAUUUCUUCCCCAAUAAAUGCCUGUCAAAUCGAGGUGGCAUACUGGGAAAUCUACGGGAUGCUUUGUGGCGGAAUGAGAAUGAGAAGUUGGUACUUCAGGGGAAGGAACCUGGUGAGCCGUCAAGCUCCAAUAGUCCCAAGACAACUGUGCAUAGGAACCGCUAUCUACCCAAGCAACGUCAAACAUGGUGGGGAAUCGCAUAGGCAUAACACACUUUCUCGUCUUCUUCAAUUGUUAAAGGAACCUUCUGCAAUCGGCAUGGCUCAACUCAAGCAAAUUCACUCUCAAACGCUGCGUUCCAUCCCUCGCGACCACCCACAGUACCUCUUCCUGUACAGCAGAAUUCUCCACUUCUCGUCUCUUGCCGAUCUUCACUACGCCACUCGGUUUUUCAACCACUUCCAGAACCCCAAUUCCUUCAUGUGGAACACCCUCAUAAGAGCCUACGCCCGAAGCACCCACUUCAAAGAUCGCGCUAUAGAGCUGUACAGAGCGAUGAUGGAAAACGAGCUUGUCGUUCCUGAUAAACAUACAUACCCAUUCGUUCUCAAGGCCUGUGCGUAUAUGUUUUAUUUUUUUGAAGGGAAACAGAUGCAUGGGCACAUUUUGAAACUUGGGCUUGAGUCUGAUAUUCAUGUCUGUAAUAGUUUGAUUCACUUCUAUGCGACUUGUGGGUACCUAGACUUAGCGCAGAUAGUGUUUGAUAAAAUGUUUGAGAGAAGUAAGGUUUCCUGGAAUGUAUUGAUUGAUUCCUAUGUAAGGGUUAGUGAAUUUGACACUGCCCUGAAGCUGUUCAUUCAGAUGCAAAACGCAUAUGAACCUGAUAACUAUACAAUGCAGAGUGUUAUUAGUGCUUGCGCUGGUUUAGGUGCUUUGUCUCUAGGUUUGUGGGCUCAUGCCUAUAUAUUGAAGAAGUCUGAGAUGGAUAUGGCUGAUGAUGUUUUGAUUAACACCUGCUUGGUGGACAUGUACUGUAAAUGUGGGUCCCUUGAAAUAGCUGAACAAGUCUUUGAAAGCAUGCCUGAUAAAGAUGUAAAUUCAUGGAAUUCGAUGAUUUUAGGUCUUGCCAUGCAUGGCAAGGCUGAGGCAGCAUUGGAUUGCUUUACCCGUAUGGUGAAGACACAGAGAUUUGUACCCAACUCUAUCACUUUUGUCAGUGUAUUGAGUGCUUGUAAUCACAGGGGUAAAGUUAACGAAGGGCUUGAGUAUUUUGACAUGAUGAUCAAAGAAUAUAAUAUAGAACCACGAUUAGAGCACUAUGGAUGUCUUGUUGAUCUUCUUGCUCGAGCUGGGCGCAUAGAAGAAGCUUUGAACUUGGUUUCAGAAAUGCCGAUGAAACCUGAUGCUGUAAUAUGGAGAAGUCUCUUGGAUGCAUGCUGCAAACAACAAGCAAGCGUUGAGCUGAGUGAAGAAAUGGCUCAGCAGAUCUUUGAGUCAGAAGGGAGUGAUUGCAGUGGAGUUUAUGUACUUCUUUCCAAAGUAUAUGCCUCAGCUAGAAGAUGGGACAACGUAGGGUCACUUAGACAACUAAUGACUGAUAAAGGUGUGACUAAAGAGCCUGGAUGUAGUUUGGUGGAAAUAGAUGGUGUAACUCACGAAUUUUUUGCAGGCGACACCACUCAUCCCCAAAGUGAACAUAUAUACAAGUUUCUGAAUGUGAUUGAUGAGAAGUUAGAAUCAAUUGGGUAUGCACCUGAUUACUCUGGAGCACCAAUGGUUGAUGAGAUUGAUGAUGGAAGACAGAGUACGUUGAGGCUGCACAGCGAGAGACUGGCCAUAGCUUUCGGGCUAUUGAACUCAAAACCAGGCGUGCCCAUAAGAAUAUUUAAGAAUCUUAGAGUCUGCAAUGAUUGCCACAAGGUGAUCAAAUUGAUCUCCAGAAUUUACAAUGUGGAGAUCAUUAUAAGAGAUCGUAUUCGGUUCCAUCACUUCAAAGAUGGAACCUGUUCUUGUAAAGAUUACUGGUGAAUGAUGCUUCUAUUCUGGUUUGAAGUACUUACUAGCAGAUGCGUAAAUAGCUAAAAAUUCUGGGAAACUGUAAUCUAAAUAAUUAUUGACAAAUAUUGAAUUCGCUAACGGCAAGGCACAAUGCAGACUUGCUUGGCGUGUUGCUGGAUAUACUCCCUCUUCUCAACCUGUUUUAGUCAUUUUCAAAAUUCAGCCCCGUAAAGGGCAAAAUAGUCAGAACAAUAUAUUUUCUCGAA